CCCGCGUAGCAAACCGGACGUCUACGACGGCAACUCUGCUUUACAUUUUUGUUGUGUUUUUUUUUCGUUUUUCUUUUCAUUGUUUUCCCGUCCACGAUCGAGUAAAGAGGUGCGUGUCGGUGUCGCGACAUUUCUGUCUUUUACACCUGUUGCCACUGUGUGUGUGUUUGCUUUGCUUUGUUUUUUUUUUGUUUUAGUUAUUGUGCUGAUAUUGUGAUUGUGUAUGUGUGUGUGCGUGUGCAGUGGAAAGUGCAUUAACAACAACAACUGCCUUUGCAUUGGAGAAUUAUAAAACAAACAACUCCAGCUUCAACUUCAGCUCUAGCUCCAGCUGCAGCUUCGGCGAACGUGUGAAUAAAAAGAAAAACAAGCAAACAAAAGGCAAGGCAAAAAAAAAAUACAAAACGAAACGCGAUCGAAUAGAAAAUAAUAACAAGAAGAAAAAUUAGAAAUCUUUUUUUGUUUAUAUCAAAAGUGUUCCUAAAAAGUAGCAGUUAAAAUUGGCCACGGAGCGUGGUAAUUGGGUCGACGAGACAAAUCGACAGACAAAUCAUGGAUGCAAUGGAUGAUGAUGGCAAUCUAACGAAAGCAAUAAAGGAUGACAAACAAAUGACACAAACAAAUGAUCUGGACCAGAAGCAGCAGCUACAACAACAACAACAACAACAGCAGCAGCAACAAAAUGAAGAUGAUGAUGAUGAGCCGCAGGCUCUAUCAUUCUGUUUUGUCCGGGGAUCUGAUCCCCGGGCAGCAACCUGUCGUGGUAAACUACAAAGUCGUCGCUGCAAAUUGAAUCAAGAGAUCAAUAAGGAAUUACGCCUGAGAGCUGGCGCUGAGAAUCUAUAUAAGGCCACCACAAACCGCAAAUUAAGGGAUACUGUGGCUCUUGAGUUAAGCUUUGUUAACUCCAAUUUGCAAUUGCUGAAAGAGCAAUUGGCCGAGCUAAAUUCAUCGGUGGAAAUCUAUCAGAGUGAGAGUCACGAUGGCAUUAUGCCGAUGAUACCAUUGGGUCUUAAGGAGACCAAGGAGAUUAAUUUCAUGGAACCCUUCUCCGAUUUCAUUCUCGAGCAUUAUAGCGAAGAACCCUCCAUAUAUAUGGAUGCCAUAGCCGAUAUGACAGACACCAGACAGGCUUCAAAGACUCCAUCACGCGAUGCUUUAGGAGUGGCAUUACUUUUCCGCUAUUACAAUUUGUUGUAUUAUGUGGAGCGUCGCUUCUUUCCGCCCGAUCGCAAUUUGGGUGUCUAUUUCGAAUGGUACGACUCGCUGACUGGUGUGCCCUCUUGCCAAAGGACCAUUGCCUUCGAGAAGGCCUGCACUUUGUUCAAUUUGGGUGCGAUAUACACACAGAUUGGUGCCCGACACGACCGGAGCACGGAACGUGGCCUGGAUGCGGCUGUCGAUAGUUUCUUGCGGGCUGCGGGCAUAUUUCGUCACAUUUACGAUACGUUCACAAAUGCGCCGUCGAUGGACUUGAAGCCGCAGGUGUUGGAUGUCUUGGUAUCGCUUAUGUUGUCCCAGGCCCGGGAAUGUCUCUUUGAGAAAUUGCAAUUACAAAUCGAGGCAUUGCAAUUGAAAGAAUCGAGUCAUCUGUUCCGCGAUUUGGCCGGCGAAGCCGCUCAAUUAUCGCUCGAGUAUAUGGAAAUGCAUAAGAAUAUCCAAGUGAAUGAUACGCACACAUAUUUGCCCGAGUGCUGGGCAGGAUUAGUGCCGCUCAAGGCGGAAUUGUACAAGGCUUUGGCACAUCAUUAUGAAGCUCGUGGAAUUGAUGCCACGUUGGGCGAUGACAACAUUUCAUUGAGCACCAAGAAAAGUUUAGCUCCCUCGUCCAAUGAAUCGUUCAUUGGGAAUGCAAGGGAGGCUUUGCGUGGCAUUCUCGAUGAUGAGAAUGAGGACAGCGCCAGCUGUGUGGCCAUUAAGCAUACCCAUUUGAAAGAAGCUCUGGCUAGUCAUGAGGAGGCUCAGCGAUUGCAGCGUAUGUGCCGCUACCUGAAGAACAAGACCUCCCUCACCCAAGUCAUUAAGGAGGCGCAUUAUAAGACCCAAGAUGAAUACGAAAAGUUUCGUCUACAAUCCCCCCAAACGAACAUUGAUGAUUGCUAUGAUCUAACCGAGCGCACAGUAGAAGCCGCCUCAAAGUUCACAUUAAGCCUAACAGGACCGGACUUUACAUCGUACAAAGUGGAAGAUCCAUUUAAACGCCUGGGACCCAUAGCAAUAUUCUCGGCACGUCGUCAUUGGACGGCACCCCGCUGUGUACGCCUGCAAAAGGGUUCGGCUAUGUAUCACCAUCAUCAUCACCAACAUCAUCACGACUCCAUGGGCGGAAGUGGUAGCCGUGCCGUCAAUAACUAUCAUUGUCAAUGUCCAGCCGAACACGAGGGCGAUCAUGUCCAUGAAGGUAGCUGUAGUCUCUACAAAGAGGAAUUGGAGAAUUUCGGUUUUCAUGUCCGUGGCGAUGCUCCAGUUAUAAUUGCGCAUGUGGAAAUCAAUUCCUUGGCCGAUCUGGGCGGCAUCAAGGAGGGUGAUUUUAUAGUGGAAAUUGCUGGCAUGGAUGUCAAAUGGUACACCCAUCAGCAGGUCGUGCGUCUCAUACAAUCAUGUGGACCCACUUUGGAGCUUAAAGUCAUAACGCCCAUGGACCGCAAUUACUUAAAGCCUUUAUCAUCGAAGGGUUCCAUAUCCACUUUAUCAGCAGCUAGUUCAUCUGGCAUUUCAUCCGGCUCUUCCAGUCCAACCAGCACAACGACUAAGCCCAAGUUACGUCUGAAAACUACCGCCAAGUCAAGAUUUGUGGGCAGCGUUUCGUCAAGUUCUUGGAAUCCCUUUCGACGCACUCCUAGUUUAGCAAAAAUAUUCUAGCCUACUAUUUAAUUCUGACAAAAACAAAAACCCAUACAGUGGCCAUUUUCAAGACAAAAACCUUUUUUUUUUUUUUACAACUUUUCCCUUAUUUUCACCCCUUUUUUAUUUCAUAUGAAUUUCAUUUAUUUUCCUGAAACAAUGGAAAAGAAAUGCAAAUACAGCAAAUAAAACAAAACAAAAGUGAUUGUAAUGUAUCGUAUCGUAUAUGCCCUUUGAAGCCAAUUAGAUAGGGUAAUUAUCAGAUAUUGUCGUCAUAUAUAUGUUAUGUAUAUAUAUGAUUUAAGUGACCUUAUGAAAAACGUUUCCCUCCCCGACUUUUGUGCAAAUAUAUACAAAUAUAUAUAUAUAGAUGGUGUGUCUUGUUUGAAAAAUGAUCAUAUAUAUAUAUAUAUAUAUAUAUAUAUAUAUAUAUAGUAGUCUAAUCGUGUUAGCAUCUGUUAAUUGGUCAUCAGCUUACUCUUAAAACGCAUUCCCCUCCCUUCCGUUCCCACAAACUUAACAUUCCCUCUAUUGUUUAAGUCGCAGCAAACUAUUUUAAUAUCCAUAUCUACAAUUUUAUCAAAAGCCAUUUUAUGUGUAUGUACUUAUUUUUAAAAUAUAUCAAUAUCUAUAUAUGUAUGUAUAUUUAUAAUUUCUUUCUAUAUAUAUGUUUUUUUUUUUCGUUUGGAAUAAGAUAAAAAUCGUUUACAUUUUGCAAAAAAAAAGAGAUCAAAGAAACAUACUUCAACGUUUUCUUUCAUUUUGUGUGGGACUGUUUAACAAGUAGCCUGGAGUUUAUACAUCUCGUCUCAUUGUAUUUUCAGUUUUCACUUGGUGUGUACUAUUUUAUGGCAUAGGAUCGGUUGACUAUUUUUGGUUUUCCUUUUUUUAAGUAAAUAUACAUACGUAUGUAUAUAGAUUUUAUACACUUUUUUGGUCGCAUAUACUGGCCAUUGUCUAUAUCAAAGAAAAUAAGGUAAAUUUAAUUCAAGAAAGAUGCCCCGAAGGAUGCCAACACCGAUGCCAAGUCCUAGGCAAAUACUGCGGUCACAUCGCUCAACAGCAAACAUGGAGUAUGAAAACGACGAGAAUAUUUUUGAGGAAAUACCCAUUGAAACUGAACUGAGUGACACUGAAUUAGAUAUUGAUGAGAUGUUGGCAACCGAUGAGACACUGGGGCAGACGCAUUGUGAGCACCAUUGGAUUGACUUGCGUUGUGUCUCCACCUUUCUGUAUUGCGUGGAUAAAAUGAAGAGCCGCCAACUAUAUGUGACACGUGACUGUAAUGAAUCGUACGUCAAUUUUGCCUAUAAGCAUGCUCUCGUCAAGCAAGGAUCAAAGAAACGUAUAGGCAUACGUGUCUAAUUGAGAAGAAAAAAAAAAAAAAAACAUUGCCACGAAC